AUGGCGACGGCGGGCCUGAGUGCGGCGACGGUGGAGUUGCUGAAGUCCCUCAGCAUUGACCUGAAGGACUUCUCCAAGGCACGUGCUAGGUACAACAAGGUACGCGAGAAGCUGAGGGAGAAGAGCGCAACGGCGGCUGCGGAUGCGGCUGCAGAAGCUGCAGAGAUGCUGCAGCGCCUCACCGAUGGUUGGGGUGAGUACCUCCGCCUCACGCAGGAACACUUUCAGAGGAUCACUAGCACCAUCGUUGAAGAGCUGAUGAACAAGACACGGGACAAGGCGACUGCGGCGGAGCGGGCUGAGAAGUUGAAUGAACUCUGCGCCAUUGGUGAGAAGUGGUAUGUCCGCAACGAGGCAUAUUUUGAGUUUGAACGGCCGGAGCAGCUGGCCUUACUCGUGAGGGGUGCGUUAGACUCCUCCAGCCGUGUGAUGCGUUUGCUUGGGCUGCAACUGGCUCGUAUUUGUGCGGCGAGCGUGAUGUUCACGCGGACUCUGCUGGCGGGCGAGGGGAGUGGGCUCAUUGGCUUGAGCUUUGACCGUGAGAUUGCCACCGAGUUGGAGUACGCACUUAACAUGUGCGCGCGCCUGAUUGAGCUGCACGAGAGUGACCCCGUGGCGUACCCAGACGUCCCUUACUGCUGGAUUUGCCGCGUAGGCGCCUUGGUGGACCCGCAAGAUUCCGUGCCGAACUUGACGCCUAAGCGGAAAAGCCAGGCGCUCCGCAUUGCCAUUAAGUUACUUCGCUGCUUCCCGGCAAUGUCGACGGCAGCCUCGCUGCACAUCAUUCUACUUAGAUACUGCAUUCAAAAAGGUGCUGUUACGGCAGACGAGAUUAAAAAUGUACUGCAUGUCGUUUUAGACAUUUUCGAUCACGCCGAGACCCGGCAGUACCUUCACUACAACGACUUGGACGUUCUCUACGCACCCUUUUUGUACUCCGCAGACAACAGCACGGAGACUAACUUGAACCUGAUGAAUGGGGCUAAGGAUGUGCUUGCCAUGGUGUUGCAAACGUGGGUGGGGGUUCUGUGGACGUGCUCAGAGACGAAGGGGUUACGUGCUGUCAUUGAUAUACUGCACCUGCCAGGGGACUUGGACCGGAAAAUGGUGUUGCUCACGUUGUUCAACAAAGUGCUUUGCCAACUGGCGCCGCACCGUGGUCUGACGUUGAUGAAGACGUGGCAAGGCGUUGAGGAGAAAAAUCACGAGACUUUGAUGUCCCGCACAUUGUUUCCGGACACGGCCUCCAGUUUCAAGGGGACACGUUCCCCACGGUUACUGAAUGACGGCAUUAUAAACCACACCUCCUCCGAGGUUACGUGUACGGACCAAAGUGAGCUGCUCGAUGGUUUUGUGCCAACAACUAAGGCUAUAGGGUACCACGUGCUCGAUCCACUGCUGGGGAGGGUUCUUUUGAUGCUCUCACACCACGGCCUUCCGCUGGCGUUGGUGUCGAUGAUUGGAGAUGGGGCCCCAAGUCGGCUUCUCGCAGUUACUGCCUCAUCCCUGCUCCAGGACAUAUUUAUGCUUAUGGACACGGUGCUCCCGGUGCGUCCUGUUAAGCGGCUGCACACGGCCUUGAAUAAGGCCGUGGGGUGUUUGGUGUUUCAAGGAGAUUUGUCGUUUAACAGCGGACUCACAACACGUCUUUUUCAGGAUCACAAAAUGAAGAAAGGCGCGGCACUUCUUCCAACGGUGGCUGACCCGAAUGCAAUUUCAGGUGAACGUGUAAGCAUUCCAUCGGCAACAACGAUUUCAGCGUACUGGUUGGGAGACGUGGAGCUGGACGAUACCGGCUUUGCGGGGAUGCUGCGGGAAACAGGUGUGGAUAAGGCAGGUGGCUUUUUGGAGUGGAAUCACGAUUUGCUGCUUCUGCUGGUUCAUGGAUCGCUGCGAAGUCCGUUUAGAUUUCAGUGGGUUCUAAAAGAGACACGUUUUUUUCAUAGACUUCUUGCGUUUUACCUGCCUCUGCUACAGUCCAACUUGCGGACAUUUGUUUCGCUGCGCGCGGAGGAGUGCACGCCACAGGUGUGCAACUUGGGGUUGGCGUUGCUGGAUUUGUUCCUCUCCACCCGGGUGGGAACGGAGGUGCUGGACGAAUUUGGUUUUACACCGGCCAUUGUGGCCAACCUGCAGGAGGUGAUUGACGGCACACCACAGGUACUAAACCCGCAGCGACUGGGCACGCGGGUGGGGCAAACUGUACUUUGCAUGGUGGGUCGCUACUCGCUCGCGGCGAAUGGAUUGAUGGCGAUGCGUGAGCACAACAUGUUUGGCAUGAUCAACAACAUGUUUUCCAAACUCUCUGGGGAGCGGGCGGUGGCACCCGCAGCCGGUGACACUUUGCGAGAUGUAUGCCAGCUACUGUUACAAUUUCUUUACAUUGGUGCGGUACCCAACUACGGCGUAUGUGAGGAGAUUCGCCAGGUGUUUCGCGCUGCUCUUUGCAAUGAUGCGAACUCCGUCCGCCUCUGUGCGGCGAUGCAACUGCGUAAGGCACUCUGGCGCGAUCUCUCCACCUCCAUGAGUUGGGGGAUAGAAACCUUGGUUCAGGCCCUCCAUGAUGACUUCUACAGUGUCGUGGAAAGUGCCUUCAAGCUGUUGCUUAGUAUUUGCCUCUGCUCUGACGAGGCGUUGGAUUAUCUGAUAUCGUUAUCCCCCACAGUCCUGAUGGAGAGUGAGGUUAUUCGCCAACACUCCAAGCAGCUUGGUCUAAACACGCUUUUGUACCGUAUUGUGGGGAGACCUUCAGGAUUUCGUUUUUUGCAGUGUUACGGCUGGGUGGAGGAGGAACUGCGUCGCUGGGAGGAGUCUGAGUCCGCCAACCAUGUCCGCCUCGUGGAGCGUAUGCAGGCUCGCGAGGCGGUGGGGGUGCCAGCGGACUUUGCGCACAGCAUGGCAGGCCGUUGGUGGCAACACAAUCGCACACUUUCAGAGCCAAAUUACAUCUUGUAUCGACCAGCCGUUUUGUCUGCAAGUAUUCCAACGUACAGUUCACCCAAUGACUCGGGGUCGGACUUCUUCCCUAGCCAUUUUGCUGCAGUUCUGUGUAAAUCGAACGAGGGAUGUACGCUGUUUAAGCACAGCAAUCUUUGGAAGAGGUCGGUGCAACGUAUUAUGCAUCAAAUUCUUCCACCUGAUAUUGUGUAUGAUGAUGGUGUUGAUGCGGGGAGUGAAAGCAGCGACGACGACAUUGAUGAUGCGGAACGAGCUCUUAAUGAGGAGGAUCCAUCGUUUUGGGGACAAUUGGGGGCAAAAAUGGAUACAACGGAUGCUACGCAGUCUGCUGAGCCGUGUGAGUUACGCAUGUUGCGGGCAGGGCGCUUGCCCUGCUCCCGUAGCGCGCGGUUGUUGUCCGCCGCACGGGGUUAUAAGAAACCUGGACGCUCGUACCUCCUCACGCUUGUGGGAGAUGUUGCAGAGUUAAAGGAUGCCAUUUUAUGUGUUUGCCACGCCUCUUCCAGUGACACGGGCUAUGCGUUGAUGCGCAGCGUACCAGAGUUGCAUAAACGCCUGAAUGCUCUGAUGGUGUUUGGGGCAACUGUUUCUGUGCGUAGUAUAUGCAUUGUGGGGGAGUGUAUACUGGCCCGCUCCAAGCGGUGUGCUGAGCAGCUCUCCGGCAUGUCACACUAUGUACUCAAUGAGAGCAACGCCUACACCAGCGCGGACGGUGUGCCGUACUCUGUGGCUUUCUCCCACAUCAAGCCGUCGAAGUGGACUCCCAUUGGACGUCCCACGAGUGACGGGCAGCUCUCCGCACUCUACUUCAUCCACAAGCAGGAUAUUGCGGAAGGGACCGAUGACAAUGAGCCCCCACUGAUGGCUUCCAUGAAGUUCCCUGCUACACUCUCACAGUCAGCACGACGCGUAUUUGAUCAGGUGUGUGCCCUCUCCAACCCAGUAAACUGUGAGGGGGCAAAGAAAAAAUUGUACCAGGUGAUGAAGCACCAGCCACAGCUGUUUACCGAUCCACGCAUUCGUAAACUCGUCAUUGGUGCCACCCAAAAGUUUCGUAUGCAUCACGCGGAGCGGAAGUUUCUUGCGGAUCUACUUGAAACCGCACCUCUAUCCGCGCCUGUACCCAACGCUCGUCGCUCGACGAUUAUAUCCUCCACUCAUAUACAGUCACACUGA